GGGAUCCCAACCCAUAAGGAAACUUCCAGAGACUGGAAAGUCGGGAUUUAUACCAACAAACAUUAAAUCUACACAAACACCCCAAUUAUGGGGUUGAUGAGAGUCGAACUCCCGACCAUGAGGUUAGGAGGUGAGAGCCCAACCAUUGGGCUCCCACAUGAUUUUCAAACCAUCUCUUUUAAUAAUUUGUGUACUCUUAACUAUGAUAUCUCCAUAUAUGUGAAUAUAUACAUGGUCCGAUCAAAAUCUUCUGUUGGAGUGUCAUUUUUUUUUUUUUUUUGACAAUGACUAAGAAAAAAGUAGGAAAGAACUACUCUUUUCUUGCUUUAUUAGCAAGAAAAUGAGCCCUAGAAACCUCCUUUCCAUUGGCUUUAACAAUUGAAAUAAACUCUAAUUUACCUGCUGUUUCCUUAAUUUUACCAACUAUGUUCCUAAUUUCGAGUGGGGAGGUGUUCGGUUUUGACAACGCGCUAAUGAUCUCGAUACAGUCAGAUUUUAUUGAUAUAGCUUUAGAACAUGGUUCCAAACUCUCAAUGCAGUGUAGAAUGACUAUUGCUUCUGUUUGGACAGGUGAAGUUGCCAGGACCUUCAUAGCACCCCAGCUGUUCGUAUUGAUGUCAUCCGACCACGCGACAGCCGCAGACCAUUCACUUGGGGCUUUUUUAUUUUUUUUUUCCACGAGCCAUCAACUUGGAAGAAGCCUAGAUUUCCGUUUUGGAUGCACUCCCUACUCCUAUAUAUCAACGCCGAGCAUAUGUUUGAUUACCCAAAACUAAUGGAUAGAGCUCGUUAUAAUAUAACUUUGGCGGUAUAAUUAAGUCUUAACUUGACGUUAUAUAUAUUAAUGUGAUUCUCAUAAGGCUAUAUGUAUGUAAACUCUAAUAGCAAAUUAGCACUUCUUUAAGAUCCAACCUUAAUAUUUGUAUCUGAUUCAAUGAAAAUAUAAAAUUAGAACCUCCUAAAUCAAUUGGAGCUAAAAAAUCUCCAAUAUUGUCAAGCCAAAUCUUGGGUCACAUCAAUUAGUAAUGAUUUAAACCUAACAUCCUUUUUGAGAAAAUGUCUCAUAUUAUACCAAUUAGAUCACCAAUUUUAUACCUAAAGCAUAUCAAAAUGGUUACAUAAAUGCUUCACAAGAGAAAGAUUGGAAUCACACAGAAAAAAAAAACGCUCUUCUUCUAUUGAUUAUUGUUUUUCAAAAAAGAAAUUUGGAUAAGUUGUGCAGUGCAAUUUGGUGCAAUAAUGAUGAGAACUAGCUAUAGCAUGUUCUUCUUUCUACUUUGUUUUGCAUUUUCUCAUCAUCAAGUAACAUCCAAUAAUCAACACGAAGACAACUCGAAGGAAGGCUAUACGUUGGAGUUAAAUCCAGCUUACCUGAGUUCUAGAGUGAUCCCAGGUUCAGUAUCAGCUUCGAAACAGCCUCGCCAUGAUCACCAUAGCCACGGUGAAAAGCUUCAUCAUCAUCACCACCAUCAUCAUGUUUACUAUGUAGAGAAGGCUUCUGGUUAUUUCCCAAUAAAGGCAACAUCAUCUUAUGGCCAGCACCGUCGUCGUCAUCAUAAGAGGUCUCAUCACCAAGCCCAAAUCCUGAAGGUUCAGUUUCCAUCAAAGUCUUUAGAAGUAACAUAUCCAGCUCUUUAUGAACACAAUCAUCAACAUAAGAGGCCGCGACAUCAUGUAUCGAUCCCUAUGAAGGGUCCUCAAUUUCCAUCGGAGUCUGCUGUAGCAACUCCAAAUCGUAAAGAAAGUCAUCGUCGUCAUCUAUAUCAUUAUCAGCACCAUCGUCAUCAUCAUCAUCACCACCAUCGCCAUCAACAUAAACAUAAACAGUCUCAACAUAAACAUCAUUCCCCAUCCCCAGGGAGGCUCCACAAUUUCUCUUGA